CUAGAAAUGCCAUGGCAUGUGUUUCAUCGUAGCUGGGCGCGCGGGUCGAUCCAUCUCACUUCUUGUUUUGGGCAGAAUCACUGUGAGGCUGUCAGCGUUUUUGAGAUCUGCAUACAUGCGAAGCUGGUAUAUAUUAUUGCCUGAUGCCCUGGGACUUCUGGAAUUUCCUGUACACCUGAGACCUAGGGAUCUAAUACAACCAUCCUAAAUCGCCAAAAUCGCGUCAAACCCCCUUUUCGGCUCGCUUAUGCCCAGCUUCCGCCAAACACCAAACAAACAUCGCAUCUUCAACCAUGGGUGGAGGACACAGCCGACCUAGCCGACCAGCCAAGACUCAUGCACAGCAGGAACAAGAGAGGUUCGCUCGAGCACAGCGUGAAGCAAGGAGAAAGAAGCAGCAACGAGAAAAUCAAGAAAGGAAAAGGGAGGAGCAACGCGAAAAAGAGGAAUGGCUCAACACUCAUACAAGGCUUGGAUAUGAAGAGAGAAAGUGGGGACUAGCAGGAUGGUGGCGCUUGCCUUUCUUUAUAUGGUGGAAGGAGAGACAGGCUUGGAACCAGGAGCUGGAGAGAAGAAGGAGGGAAAAUGGUGUGCCAUUUGGGCGAAUGACGGCCGCAACCGGACAUCGGGCCACUGGUGGCAAUUCUGAGGAGAUGCCGUUGAGGGAGCAUCAAGACUGAUGGAAGGUGGAGAGAAGGGUCGUUGUCAAAAUUAUUAUGAGUUAUUCUCAAUGGUUUGCAAUUAUGGAUCCAUGACCAAAAUACUUUUUCCU